ACUAAGAAAGAGAGAGAGAGAGAAAUAGAGAAAGAGAGAGAAAUUCUUCUGGGGUGACUGACUGUGACCCAAAUGGUGAGGAAGUGAAUGACACCGCCGGUAACGGUGACGGUGAAGGUGAAGGUGGUGGUCAACAUUUGACUCUGUUGGCAUUGUUAGUGGCUCUUAUAAGAAAAUCUUUGUUUGGUUUUAAGUUUGGAGAUAAAAAAGGAGAGCAGCAACAACAGCAAAUUUGCUCAAUGGAAAUUGGUUUGCCUACUAACGUGCGCCAUGUUGCACAUGUUACCUUUGAUAGGUUUAAUGGUUUCUUGGGUUUGCCUGUUGAAUUUCAGCCUUUGGUUCCUAGUAGAGCCCCUAGUGCAAGGUGGAACUAUUUUAUUGAGUUAGGAGCGUUGUUUGAAGAUGUUAUAGCUUUAUUGUCUAAAUUUCCGGGGGCAGUUUUGUCCCAUGGGGCUCGCUCUAAGAUUUUAGCGGCCCAUGGUUGGCAAAGCAUGCUCUGCGGUUAGACGAUGAGCUAUCCUGGUUCGAGGAGGUUCCAGCGCCGGUGGCGGACGUGGGCGUCGUGAAUUCAUGAGUGAUUUUAAUCACUUUGUCAAAAAAAAAAAAAAAAAAAA